AAAUGAAAAUAAAAAUUAGAAUAACUCGAGCAAAUAAUGAAAUAAAAAUAUUUAUCUGUUAGUUUCAAUCUUUCGUGCGAAAUGGCUUCAACUUCAAGUGAAUUAAGUGUCCGGGCGGAUAACAAAAUGCGUCGAAGUGUGCGUGGCGAAGAAUAUUCCCUCGACGAUGCACUCGAUUUGAUUGGAUUUGGAAGAGUGCAUUUUGAAUUGUUAAUAGCAUGUGCAAUAGUUGUCCUAGACAUAGUGAACGAAACAAUUGCCUCGUCAAUUGUUGUCCUUGCAUCCCAAUGUGAUUUCGAAAGCAGUCCUCAGGAGAGAGGCAUAAUGAAUACAUCGGUGUUUAUCGGAUUACUAUUGGCAUCAUAUCCUUGGGGACAUUUUGCUGAUAUUUUCGGACGACGAAUAGUUCUGUUAUGGACAUCAACUGGUUCAGUAAUAUUUUCUUUUUUAUCGAUGUUCGCUUGGAAUAUAUGGAUAUAUGUGUUAUUUCGUUUUUUAACUGGUAUUGCAAUUGCUGGCUUAACUUCAACUGUAUAUCCUUAUUUAAGUGAAUUCCAUGCAAUGAAAUAUCGUCCUGCAGUUAUAAAUUAUGUGACAAUACCACUUGGACUUUCACUCGUGUUUUCUGGAGUUAUUGCAUGGCUUAUUUUACCUCAAACAUGGAGUUUCUCAUUUUUUGGAAUAUUCGAUUUUCGACCAUGGAGAUUGUUGAUACUCUUUAAUCUUCUGCCUGGUUUAAUUGGUUCCAUUUGGAUUUGGACACUUCCCGAAACCCCAAAAUUAUAUUUAUCCCAUGGAAAAGAUGCUGAUGCUCUUAAAGUGUUGUAUUGGAUAUAUGAGAGAAAUACUGGAAAGCCUUCGAAAGACUUUGAAGUAAAACGACUUAUUCCGGAAGCGGAUGCAGCUUUUAUACAAACUAUUCAAACAAAGAAGACAGUAUGGGAAAUAAUAUCAUCGAUGUGGAAACAAACUGUGCCGCUUUUCAAACCACCUCAUGCUUUGAAUUACUGCGUUUGCUGUUUUGUAAUGUUUGGUUUGUUCUUCUCGUCUUCUGGAAUGGGUCUGUGGUACCCGGAAAUUCAAAAUCGUCUUGGAUUCGGAACAGUAAAUUCACAAAAAACCAUCUGUGGAGUUAUAAAUGAUAAACCUAAUGUGACAAUCGAUGAUACAAUGGAACCUGUUUGCAAUGAUGAGAUAAGCACAAAAACUUACAUUGACAGCAUAACUCUAGGAGGAUCUUACGUUGUGGCUUACCUUCUUCUUGGAAUGAUCAUAAAUCCCCUGGGACGAAAAGCAGUACUAGCCGGUGCUCUUGGCAUAUCUGGAGCUUGUGGUCUUUCCUUGCAAUGGGUUGAUGAACCCACAGCUAUAGUAAUCUUGUUUUGUGGCUAUCUCAUGUUAUCAGGUCUUUGUGUAUCGGUUUUGAGUGGUUCUGUUGUUGAUCUUAUACCCACUCAUUUGAGAGGAAAAGCCGUAUGUAUUUGUCUGAUGAUUGGAAGGCUUGGAAGUGUGGUUGGCAAUAAUAUUAUUGGAGCUGCCUUGGAGACCUAUUGUGAAGUAACAUUUUACAUAUUUUCGGGACUUAUUAUUCUUUGUUCACUGCUAACUCUAGUGUUGCCCAUCUAAAAAUCAUAUAACCUUUAAAUUCAUUUGUAAAUUAAAUAAAAAGUUUACUUUAAUUAAA